GCAGACGAUCAUCCAGUCAAAUCCAUCAGGGCUGUAGCUGUAAAAGGCUGGCUUUCCCAUGACAGAAAUGCAAAAAAUGCCUUGGCUAUUCUUGUGGUCAACCAAUUCAACUAAGAUGAAAGAUGAAGACCAUGAGGUUACAGAAGGCAAGGAUCAUAAGAAGAAGCACAAAGCUUUAGGUGUAGAACUGAAAAACUAUUUGAUGUCACUGGUGCCACACAUGGAAUCAGCUGAAAUAAAAUAUUCCAUCUCCAAAGAUGUAAUGCUUCAUGAAGAAGAAGUUAUACAGUGGUCCCAGUCUCUAGAAAAGCUUCUGGCAACACAGUAUGGUAGAGAUGCUUUCAAAGAAUUUCUGAAAUCCGAAUUCAGUGAUGAAAACAUUGAAUUUUGGCUGGCUUGUGAGGAUUACAAGAAAACCCAGGCCGAUCAUUUACAUGGCAAAGCAGAGAAGAUUUACAAGGAGUUUGUUCAGUCAGAUGCUGAAAAGCAAGUAAACAUUGACUUUCACACAAGAAAAAACCUAGCUGAGAAGGCUCAAGACCCAACACCUUCCAGCUUUGAUGAGGCCCAGAGACUUGUGUAUGUGCUGAUGGAAAGAGACUCAUACCCAAGAUUCCUAAAAUCCAGAUUCUACCAUGAUCUGCUAAGUAAAGGUGAAUGCAGCGGUCUCAAGUGAAGAUGCCAAAGAGAAUCAAGAAUGGCUCGGAAUCUUCAUUGGCACUAAAGGCAGUUCAAGUGUGGCUGGGUAUCAGCACAGGAAAUGGGACAGUUGGGACUGGAGAACAGAGGGGAAGUUGGAAAAAUCAGGCCAUGGUCUUGUCUGCCUGAGAUACCCUGUGGAGGGAAAAUACAUACUGCAUGUCUUUAGGCACCUGUAAGCUAAAGAUUGCUGCCAUCAUUAUGAUCUCUUCCCUCUCAACUUGUCUUGACAUUCACAUUUGGCAAAGGUGCUGCCAUAUGGGAAGGAUGAAAACUCUUAAUGCUGUUGCUGAAAGAAGAUUGUGUGUACCAGUGAAUAUCAACAGUAUUUCUUUCUUUCUAUCACAGACUGUAAAAGCAAGGAGCUUGUUUACUAUCUAAUAGGUUGCAAUACAAAGGUAGUAAAAAAUAACAAUUGUAUACUGUCAA